AUGUCCACACUUGAAAAGCGAACGUCGGAGUUGGAGACGCGAGUGGGGAAUACGGAAGACCGCAUGACCCAGCUGGAAAAAGCUGUCGUGUAUCUCCUCCAAAGUGAAGCUAAGGUGGCGGCUAAAUGCAACGAACUAGAGGCAAGAGGGAGGCGAAAGAAUAUCAGAAUACACGGGGUUGAAGAGCGGGCUGAGAAGAACGACGUCGUGGGAUUCGUGAAAGAGCUCAUACGCUCCAAACUGGAUCUGCCAACAGCGCAACUACGGAUCUUCUCGGAGGACGGGACCAACAGGACUGAGACGUUCGCAAGCCUAAAGGACGCGGCCUCGAUGCUACGCAACAUGGGAAUCUCCGUGGUGGAAGAGGACGAGUCUGAAUCUGAAAAGAUUAGACACGACAUCCUAAGUGGCAACUGGACCCUGGUGACAUCACAGGGACAGUCGAAAGGGCCAGCGUAA